ACGCUUCACUUUUGCUACUAGCUAGAAUAGUAGAGAUAAAGAUCUAAUACCGGAGACUAGCCGAGAAAUGGAGUCACUCUGGCCGGAAACCUUGCUGUACAAUCGGAGAAAGGCGAUCGAACAACUGACUAGAGGUCAAGAAUAUGCUAACCAGCUUAAAGCUAUCUUUAGCGAAUCCAUUGGAGAUGAUGGAUCUGUGGGUGAGGAUCUCGUCACGAAGAUCUUGAAUUCUUUCAUGGGUAGUCUUUCUAUAUUGAAUGGAGUUGAGUCUGAUGAGGUCUCGCAAUUACCGGCGAGUAUUCACGUAGGUUCGCCUUGUUGUGAUGGCCGGAAGUCUGAAGAUUCCGGUGAGAGUAUUAGAAGUACUUCCACAAUGAAGGAUCGGAAAGGAUGUUAUAAGAGAAGAAAGACUUCCCAGUAUUCAUGGACAAGAGAUAGUCCUGAUCUAAUAGAUGACGGCCAUGCAUGGAGAAAAUAUGGACAGAAAGUGAUCCUGAAUGCUAAAUAUCCAAGGAACUACUUCAGGUGCACCCACAAGUUUGAUCAGGGUUGCCAAGCAACGAAGCAAGUUCAAAGAAUUGAAGAGGAACCUCCUAUGCACCGAACAACCUAUUACGGCCACCACACAUGCAAGAACUUGCUCAAGGCUUCUCACCUUAUCUUGGAUGCUCCUGAUCAUGUUAUUGAUUCUUCAGUCCUCCUAAGCUUUAGCAAUGGCAAUGGCCACCACAACAACCACCCCACUAACAGACAAGAUGCUCCCUUUUUCUCAACUUUCCAAUCAAUAAAGCAAGAGUGCAAGGACGGAUUCCCACACGAUCAUAAUAAUCAUCUCACCCACAACCAAUCAUCUUCUUCCGAUUAUCUUGUCUCUCCUGAUGAUCAUGCCUCAAAGUUUGAUCCUGCGGAUGUGAUUUCUGGGGUGAACUCGUCUUGUACCGCCACAAGCACUACUACCCAUCACAGUUUGGACAUGGAUAUGAUUAUGACAUCAGUUGAUAGCCAAUUUGAUGAUGUUUUGGAGUUUGAAUACUUCGAUGGCUAGCUAUAUAUAUGCUGUUGAACCUUUUCUUUUUGGAAUAAUUUUCCAUGUAGAAAUAGUUCUAAUUAUCAAGUUAAUCAGCUUCUUAAUUAGAUAUAGGUGUGUGCUUGUAAAUUAAAGCUCCUUUUUAUUAAUUGUACCAAAAAAAAAAAACUCCUUUUCAAUUAAUGUAACGUAGAGCCUUGUUCCUGUACA